AUGGACCCAAAUGGACUAGACACUUUAUCACCAAAAAAUAUAAACAGAGAUGCUGGGAGUUUCCUUGACCUUAUUCGACUGUCGAACAUGAGAAAGAAAUCUUUGAAUCUCUUCUACAACUGGUUUACUAUCAGCUUAGUGUACUAUGGGCUUUCACUUAAUACAUCCAACUAUGGAGGCAAUGACUACUUGAAUGCUUUCUUGUCGGGAGCAGUGGAAAUACCAGCUUAUACACUAGCAAUCUUUCUUCCUGAAACCCGCUUUGGACGUCGAUGGUCUCAGUCAUCAACAUUGAUAUUAGCGGGAGUCGCAUGUAUACUUACGUUAUUCGCACCAGUUUGUGAAAUGCAAUGGAUUGGUAUCACAUUGGCGAUGAUUGGUAAAUUUUCUGUUUCUGCCGCAUUUGCCAUUGUCUAUAUAUUCUCUGCUGAAAUCUACCCAACUCCUGUAAGAGCACAGUACAAACCAUCUAAAAUUAUUAAAAAUAAUUCACUAGUCUGGGUUCAAUAUGGAGUGUUUGCUGUAAAACCUGGUGACUCUAAUAAUCGUAGCUGUGCGGGCACUCUAUAUGAUGCAUCACUGUCACUAGAUGCAUAG